AUGUCUGCUUCUCCACCCACGUCGUCGCCUUCGUCGUCGGCCGCCGGCGUCCCUCUGCUGAGUGCUGCCCCGUCGUCGACCAACAGCCACGGAGAUUGCACCGCCUGUCACUCCCUUGGUCGAUCUAUACCGGCCGCGGCUCCAUACUCCGGUUCGCAGCCAUCUCUAUCGGAACGCGCGCGCAUUAUCCAGGUUGCUCAAGUCACCGCGGCCCUCGAUCACGAGGUGCUGGAUCUCCAGGGCCGUCUUGACGUCACCCAGGAUCUUCUUGAAGCAUCUGGUCGCCACACUGCAAGUCUUCAUCGAGCCAUCCAUGAUCGCGAUCUGGAGGUUCAACGCGUGCGCAACGAAGCCGACGGUCGUCUCCGAGAUCUCCAGCAGGCCCUGAACACCGAAGUAGAACGCCGUCAGCAAGCCGAAGCUGCUGAACAACAAGUACGCGCAGAUCUCGCACGGGCCGCCGCUCGCUCAGCUGAUGCCGAUGAAGUCACUCUGUCCGCUGCAGCAUCUCCCUCUAACGUCGUCCCCAGUCAGUUGGAGAUCGCCCUCGGAGAUCUGGAUGAUCUACGAGCCGUGCUGGCAGAUAUCAAGUCUACCUGGACCCCUCCUCCCACUGCAUCGGUGGGCCCAGGUGGCCGACUGUUGGCUGCCAGCGAAGCUGCCACUGAUGAUGAUCGGACUAGUGACGGACGCGCGGGACUUGCCCUGCAACGAUCCAAUGCCGAACGAGACAGAUCUCGCAAUCAAUUGCGCCAAGCGGAGGCGACAAUCGACAGGUUGCAGACCGAGUUGGCGCAAUCGCGCACGCUGGUCAACAAAGCAGCGCCACGGAUGGACGCCCUUCGCUUGGAUGCCUUCAAAGCUCGUGAGGACGCAGAAGCAGCACGACGAGAAGCGGCGGCGGCGUCGAAGAAGGCGCAAGACGGUGCGACAGCGGUAUCGGAUCUCGCACAGCGGCAUAAGGUGGCUGGGAAGCGACUGGAGGAGUUGGAGAGGAAGAUCACUCGGCUGACUCAGCAUAACACCGUUCUACGGCGUGAGAACGUCGUCUUCAAGAACAGUUUGGAGCAUCGUCAGGCUGAUCUCGCAACAGCUCAGGAUCGCGCAGUGGCUGCAGAACGAGAGCGAGCGGAGGCCUCCCUCGCUCGCGACGACUUGCAGGCGGAGCUGGAUGCGAGUCGACAGUCGCUGCUGAAGGAGCAGGCCUCAUCUGCUGAUCUCCGCAGCAAACUAGCGGAGCGUGAGGAACACCUUGGAGCGUUGCGCAACUUGAUCAAUCUGGUACCUGCGCCAACUCCGCAACCUGUGGUGGAACGAUGCGUGGCGUCGGCCUCUUCCAGUUCGUCUCUUGCCACACUGGCGUCAACGGUCACGAGCCUUGUCUCCUCUGAUCCUCCAGCGCGAACAUCUUCGCAGCAGCUCCCGUCUGGCUCGGCAAAGCGAAGUGGAGAUCUCUCUUCUGAUUCAACGUCACCGUCGAAGCGUGCAAUGCGUGCCGUUGCGACUACCGAGGGAGCGCCAGCUGAGUUGUCUUCCUCUACGGCGAUGGCCCAAAGCCCAUUCAUGCACGCAAUUCCACCUGAGUCCAGCGAAGCUGCGCGCCCUGCCGAUGUCACGCCAUGGCUGUGGGAGGUUGUUGCAGGUCACCGCCUUGACCAGCUUACAGCCAAAGACCUCGCUUCGAAGUUCUUACCACGCGACUGGCUGCUACCCGCCGGGGUGUGCAACCCUAAGAAGGGGAAGCUGGCCGUUCCUGCUGACUAUCGGCCCUGGCCACAACCCUCGGUCGAAGCUUUAUACAAAGCGAGUCCCUGGAAGAUCUUCCUGGAUAACAUGCCCGACCCAAUCUCGUUCGACAUUGGAGAUCCCCGCUUCCAACCUCUUCUGGCCAUCAUCCGCGAUGUGCUGACUCGGAACGAUAAUCGUGGCGCGCUUGUGUUCUGGAAGAUCACCCACUCCAUCGAGAUUUCCAUUUCCAAGGCCAGCGCUGAGUCUUGGGAGGUGAAGUUCACUUCGGAUCGUAAGAAUCGGAGAUCCCACUUUGUGAAGAUGCUGCUGCCUGUGUUCGAAGAGGUGGCCCGCCUGUGCAAGGAUUAUGUGUGCGAAUUGGACAUUCUUCUGGAGCCAUUCUUCCUGCCGCUGGUCGCAACGUGCCCGUGGUUCCCUAAGGGAGCUUCUGGCGAAGCCGUGCGCCUGUUCUACUGGAACGCUCGUGCCAAACACCCACCGAUGAACGAACCCAUCCACACGCGCCUUCGAGGCAAGUUCAAGGCGACCUCGUCAAUCGCCUAG